ACUAUGGCUUACAUCACGCAUACAGUCCGUGUGUACUACUGGUAACGAUCAUCAGUGUGUAUGAGGUGAACUUCUUCUCUGGGCGUCUCCAGCUGUCUUCACCGUAUUCUUUCAGAGUCUCACAGCCGCAGACAUGACUCUACCUCUGGGAUGGCUCUCAGUUGUAGCCGCGGGUGUUUUCUCUGCUCAUGUUUUGCAGAAAAUCUGCUUCCCAUACUUCUGGAGGGACCUCUUCUUCCUGCUUAAAGUGAUCAGGUACGGAGUAAAGCUGGAGCUGUCCAAGCUGACAGCCAGCGUGUGUACGGUCCUGGACAAGUUCAUCCAGCAGGCUCAGCGCAUACCCGACAAGCCGUUUGUUAUCUACGAUGGAAACGUCCACACCUAUCGGGACAUCGAGCAGCGUAGCAACAGACUCGCCAAUGUUUUCCUCGAGACAGUACACUUGAUGAAAGGAGACUGCAUCGCCUUGCUGAUGAGCAACGAGCCCGACUUCCUAUGCGUUUGGUUCGGGUUGGCGAAGGUUGGCUGCUCGGUGGCUUUCCUCAACACCAACAUCAAGUCCAAGUCUUUGCUACAUUGCAUCAACUGCUGUGGAGCUAAAACUCUAAUAGUUGGUUCAGAUUUAGUGGAAUGUCUGGACGACAUCCUAACCAGCCUGCUGGAGGACAGCGUUCAGGUGUGGGCCAUGAAGAGCCAGAGUGAGUGCACACAAGUGCACACUCUGUUGGAUAAGAUCGAUGCUGCCUCAGACCAGCCUGUACCAGCAGUGUUAAGAGCCACCACCUCCUUAAAAUCCCCCACUCUCUACAUCUUCACCUCUGGAACAACUGGGCUCCCUAAGGCUGCAGUGAUCACCCACCUCCAGAGCUUGAAGGCAGCAGCAGGGUUUUGGGCGUUUGGAGCAACUGAAGAUGAUAUAAUGUACAUCCCUCUGCCACUUUACCACAGCGCAGCUUCAUUGAUCGGUAUAGGAGGAACCAUAGAGCUGGGUGCAACCUGCAUCUUAAAGAGGAAGUUCUCAGCCUCCCAGUUCUGGAAUGACUGUCGAAAUCAUGAUGUUACUGUUUUCCAGUAUAUUGGUGAACUUUGCAGAUACCUCUGCAACCAGCCUAAGACAGAGAUUGAUAAAAUUCACAAGGUGCGUAUGGGAGUUGGGAAUGGACUGCGACAGGACGUCUGGCGGGAGUUCCAGAGUCGCUUUGGAAACAUUAAAAUGUGCGAGGUGUAUGGCUCCACUGAGGGAAACCUGUGUUUCAUGAACCACAUCGGCAAAAUUGGAACUGUGGGCCGCUCCAACUUCUUCUACAGGCUCCUGUUCAAGUAUGAUCUGAUAAAGUAUAAUAUGGUGAAAGAUGAACCAGUGAAAAAUCCAUAUGGUUUCUGUCAGCGAGUGGAGAGGGGUGAGACAGGGCUUCUACUGUCCAAGGUGAGCGCCAUUAGCCCAUUCUUUGGCUAUGCUGGAAGCAAGCAGCUGACUGAAAAGAAGCUGAUGAGAGAUGUGUUCGUGAAGGGAGAUGCCUACUUUAACACAGGUGACCUCAUGGCUGAAGACCAGGAGGGCUUCAUCUGUUUCAAAGACAGAGUGGGAGACACCUUCAGGUGGAAGGGUGAAAAUGUAGCAACAACAGAGAUAACAGAGACUCUUGGUCAAGUGGAUUUUAUCCAAGAGGUUAAUGUGUAUGGAGUGGAAGUACAAGGGCACGAAGGCAGAGCAGGUAUGGCUGCCAUGAUUACAAGACCAGGCUGCAUGUUUGAUGGGAAGAAACUUUUUGAGCAUGUGGUGAGGGACAUACCAGCUUAUGCUCGUCCACUCUUCAUAAGGCAUCAGGAGGUCAUGGAAAUGACGAGCACCUUCAAGCAGCAGAAGUUUCACCUGGUACAGAGCGGCUUCAACCCCUCAACAAUCUCUGAUCUUCUAUAUGUGUUGGACUACCAGCUGAAGAGCUACAUUCCUUUAACAGACAGUAUCUACCAGAGCAUCCUCUCUGGAGAACGCAAGCUAUAGACCUCCAAAGAAUGGAUGUGAUGAUGAUACAGUUUGAAACAAUGCACAAAGCAGAGUAGAAAUAAACACGGCUUAUCGAAGCACGUUAUAUUCAGUGGAAUAAUGACGAUUUGCUAUGGUCUAAAUGAAAAGCCAUUGUCUAGUUAGUGAAUUAUAGGAUCACGA